UGCGAGGACUCAGUUGCUCACGAGCGUCCGCCGACUGAUGAACAUGGCUUCUUACACGUCGAAGAACGCGAGUGCCGUGCUUGCGAUGUGUCGUAAUGCUCUUUUCCUCGUGGUGGCAGUUGUGGCUCUUAGCAGAGCUGACAACGCCGAAAGCGGCUUGAAGGUGGAGAAGCUGUACAUGCCCGAGGUAUGCGACGUGAAGUCGAAGAAAGGCGACCAGCUGACCAUGCACUACACCGGCACGCUGCAGGACGGCAGCAAGUUUGACUCAAGUUUGGAUAGAGAUCAACCCUUCACUUUCCAGUUGGGUGUAGGACAAGUUAUCAAAGGGUGGGAUCAAGGUCUCCUAGAUAUGUGCGUAGGCGAAAAGAGGAAGCUGACGAUACCACCUGAACUUGGAUACGGCGAGAAGGGUGCUGGAAAUGUUAUUCCUGGUGGUGCUACUCUUACGUUUGAGGUUGAGCUCAUGAAUAUUAGCGAUUCUCCUCCAACCGCCAAUGUCUUCAAGGAAAUUGAUGCCGACAAAGACAACCAGUUGUCCCGCGAGGAGGUGAGAGCAAUGGUGAGCGACUACUUGCGGAAGCAAGUGAUAGAAGCCGAGCAAGCUGGCGCCGGGGAGAACGAAGACGUAAAGAAAAUGUUGGCUGAUCACGAUAAACUCGUGGAGGAGAUCUUCCAGCACGAGGACAAGGACAAGAACGGCUUCAUCUCCCACGACGAAUUCAGUGGGCCGAAGCACGACGAGCUCUGAAGUCUUCGACCCGCAUUAUCGCGUCUCCGAGCGCCCGUUGUCGGCGUCGUCACCACCUUCGCUGUAGGCGACGCCGCCGCGCCCCGCGCCACCACGUGUUCACCUCUGUAUAAAAUCGCCUCUUCGACUCCCCUCUCGGGGAUUCCCGAAGGAUCCACUGAUCGAUCGUCCCGAACAUACGCGUGCCCGAACUCGGAAGACCAACCGAAUUUACCAGCAAACUUUUCUGUCUCAGCAUCACCGACGGUCGCAAUGCGAGAGGAAUGCGGCCUUCGGGAAUCUCCGGCUCGUCGUGUCGCAUUCGUGUCCUUGAUCGUAGGAGACUUUCGGGAGUAGGUGGACAUUCGAUGAGAUCGACAACGAAAUUCGAGAAUCCGUAAAGUGAAACUGGUUUUUGCAGCUUUGAGAAAAGUCCUUCGAAGCUUCGAGAACUGUUCGAUGGCCGUAAACCCAUAGUUUGAAAAUUCCUUGACCUUUGAAAUCAAGGAUGUUCUGGAUAGAGGAUACGAAUUGCACUCGUUCGCGAGUCAUGUGUACGCACAGCAUUACUCGAGAAAUCGAGAACCUGCAGAGGGACUCUCGAUCAACUUCUGACGUAAUUGCCAUCUGAACUUCUUUAAUCCUGGCACAAAUUACUAGGAACAUCCGCAAGUCUUUCGUUAUCAUUUUAUACGUUUUUAUAAGAGAUAAAAUCUCAUUUUAAAAAUAUAUCAAUGAAUGUUCGAGUUACAAGUCUUACAACGGAAUUAUUUCUGCGUCUAUUUAAUUUUUAUAAAUUAUUUAGAAAAUAAUAAAACUUGAAUCAUAAUCUCUCAUUAAAUAAAAUUGCUGUUUGACAGAAGAUAAAUUAAAUUAUUUCUUUUCGUUGCGCUAAAUUGCUCCAGCAGUUUGUAAAUUUACACGAAAAUCCACGGAAUUCUCGCGGAUAUUUCUAGGCAGGCGACAUUCCGGCGCAACGACGCUAUUGUACAUUUUAAUAUGAUAUUACAAUAAAAGAAACAAAAAAUGCACGAAUGCCUGCUCGAGUGACUGCACUAUUAUGACGUGAUGUGAAAGGCUGUUCCGCGCUAUAUAUAUUAUAUAUAAUAUAAAGAGAAAAGGAGAGAUUGAUGAUAGAGCGAGAGGAAGAUGUGACGGAGAGAGUGUUUUUUCUACAUGAUUAUAAAUGUUAGCAUAACUCAAAAGCAUCGACGUAUGGUGCUAAAAAUCACACGCAUUCUGUCCUACUCUUAAAGCUUCCACCAACCCCCAACAAAUCUCCUUUAUCCAAACCAUAAUAAUUCCUCGCUCCAGAGUUGCGCACGCGAUAUUCACAUUAGGAGACGAGAAGAGGAUGAUGAAAAAGAAGAGGAUGAGGAAAUAUCUCGAGGAUGCGCAGUGGAGAUCAAUGUGGUCGCUCUUACGCGAGCUUCCCCUAUCGUCGCUAUCAUUAUUACAUUUUAACUGAUAUGUUUUUAUUACUACAUUAUAUUGUAUGUUGUUAAAGUUGGAUGAAGGUUAAUAAUAAAUCGUGUGUCUCGAGCACAAUUUGUUAUAAC